AUGGAACGCCACGAUGAAGACCUUAGGAACAAGGUAAUCAAAGAACUUCAUGAAGAAGAGUCCCGAAAGCAAGCCUCUUUCUGGGAGAUGGAGUAUCAGAAGCGUCUUGCAGAAGAGAAGCGAGCUACUGAACAAGCAUACCUCGAACGACUCAAAAAGAAUAUGAGGAAAUACGGAAUUGAGGAACCUGAGACCAUCUUCGCUGCACAUCCUCUACCUAGGGAUGAGGAAUUGAAGUCGACACAUGAAAUAGAAGAAAAGAGCAGGUGGUAUCGCAACCACCUCAAGGGAGCAUUGUCUAUGCAAGGCUUAGGCCGCGGUCAGAUUGACGAAAUUCUGAAUGAUUUGGGAGAAACGAUGAAUAUCGACGGGAUCGAGACCACCGUCACCAAGAUGGCCGAGAAGUGGGUUUCUACGCGCACUUUGGACGCUUACGAUAUCCCGUGGCGAUAUGACAAGGUAGAAGCUGCCUAUCUAUUAACCGUUCAGAUUGAUUAUUUUGUUGACACAGACAUAUAG